AAUAAGUGGAUCAUCUCCGAUUUACGAAAUUCGACACCAAAUGCUGUUUCCGAUCCAACCAAGUGCUCUAAAUACUGAAGCCUAGAAACGUAUUAAGGACAUAUCAAUAAAGAUUUAGUGAAAGGUCGGGAUAUGCCUCGCUCUCCCAAAGCCAAGAGGACGACUCACAAGACCCCUGUGGUUCAACCGAAGAUUAUCGAGGAUGUUGUGUCGACGGUAGAGAUCGAGCAACCGCGUCCAGCUACACCUGUGCAGCGGACAAGGAAGCGAGUGCAUCGCCAUCCAAAGUACCACGAGAAGGCAUCGUUUCUUGAGCGAGAAUCGUCCAAAGGUCUUGGGCUGGACGCGGUCGAGCGCUAUACUACUUGGUUUCCAGGGACAACGCUGGGAGAAUCCUAUCGCGUUGCUAGUACUAUAUUCCAGGCAGCUCAUCAAGCUUCACAUGAAACACGGCCUGUGUCGUGGGGAUAUGGGUACACGGAUGGAGCGCUGGGACACAAUAACACUCGACGCGUAGUGGAAAUGAAGAGGUUGGCGUUGUUUCGUCGAAAUAUUGUUCGAGCUGUAUCCGCAGGGAAUCGAUUGAGUCUUUUUCUUACUGGUAUAAGUUUGAGUGUAAUGUGUUGAAACUGGACG